CACCCCCGCGCUCGGGAGAGAGAGAGAGAGAGAGACCGAGGGGAAUGGCGGCCGGGCUGUCGACUCCAGUCCAAUGGCAUAACAUGGUGUGGGACAUGAAAACAAAGAGUACGGCUAACAGAGUGCAGAAAAUUCAGCUUGUAGUCGACAAAAGAGUUUCUGGGAUGGAUGAUUCAUUUGAAUUAUUAAAGUGUAAUGAAGAUUUGCCUUCUUCGCCUGGAUGUGCAAAUAAUGAUGAAAGUAUGGAAUAUGAUGAUCUCCCAGAACUGAAAGCUGUAGAAACAGACAGAACUUUACCUCCAGCUUUUCACCUCAGUGGUGUGUCUCAUCAACAAUGCCUGAGGCCUCAGCCCAUGUGUACCUCCAGCUCCUCUAACAGUGCCUUACCUCUCCCGGGUGAUUCUGGUAUGAAUUGGCUCACGGAAUUGGCUAAUAUUGCCACUAGCCCACAAAGCCCUCUCAUGCAGUGCACAUUUUAUAACAGAGCUCCAGUGCAUUUAUUGGCCACAAGUAAAAGUUUACAUUCCUACGCUCGUCCUCCUCCAACUCCUUCAGCAAGUGACAGUGAGACCGGCUUCUCCUCAGCUCAUUGGGCAGAUCAGACCACCAUCAAACGGGAAAGGGUGAGCAGUGAAUCGGAGUCAGACAUCUUCUGCUUCUCUUCUCUGUCAGAUGAUGAUGAACUUGGGUGGUCCCACUCAUGGCCUUCCACUGCGUGGAACUGUUUCAUGAAAGGAACACGUCUGUGCUUCCAGAAGGGUGAGAAUACUGCCUGGCAGGAUGUUGAAGAGUUUGCAAAAUUUGAAACUAGUCCUGGCGAUGAGCGAGUCCUGCUACAGAAGAGAUAUGGAUAUGGUUCUGAAGGAUUAACAUUGGUCUCACAUGAAGAAACUGUUUCCUUUGGACGUUCAGUUCUGAAACUGACCUUUGAUCCUGGCAAAUCCGAAGUUGUCAGAUUGUUUGUGGAGUGCAGAUUGGAUCAUCCCUUUUAUGUGAGGAAUAAAGGUUGGUGUUCCUUUUACCCCAGCCUGACAGCAGUGCAGCAUGGAAUCCCGUGCUGUGAGAUGGAGCUGGGAGAUGUCUGCCUCCCUCCGGGCCAUCCUGAUGCCAACAACUUUGACGAUUCAGGUGUUUUUGACACAUUUAGGAGCUAUGACUUUACACCACUGGAUUCCUCUGCUGUCUAUGUACUGAGUAGUAUGGCUCGUCAGCGUCGAGCUUCCCAAACUAGUGGCUGCCCUAGCAGCCCCGACUGUGACACAGCAGACAGGACCCGAGACUCUGUGGCUUCUCGAUCACCACAUCUGCCUUGUCAUUCUUAUAACAAAUCCAGCAAAAGUCUGAACUCAGGGACCGUGAGCACCACUUCUCCCCCAAGUAACAAGUGCAAAAGACCAAUGAAUGCCUUCAUGCUCUUUGCCAAAAAGUAUCGAGUUGAAUACACUCAGAUGUAUCCUGGGAAGGAUAACAGGGCCAUCAGUGUGAUUUUAGGCGAUCGGUGGAAGAAGAUGAGGAAUGAAGAACGGAGAGUUUACACAUUGGAAGCCAAGGCUCUGGCAGAGGAACAAAAACGCCUUAAUCCAGACUGCUGGAAAAGAAAGCGAAGCAACUCUGGCUCUCAACAGCAGUAACCAAGCAACUUUUGAAACGUUUUAUUCUCAACUUUCACCAUUCGGAAUGAAUUCUAUAAAACUGGAUGCAAAUGAGCAAAUGGCUCUUGUGUAUCUAUUUGUUUUAAUUUGAGUUUUUUGUGUGAUAACAAAUAUGACCUAUUUAGACAACUGUAAUAAAUCUAAAAUAAGUUAGUUUGCUUUUUAUAUGUGGCUGAUAUUGUAAAUCAAAGCAUUUAAUCUUUCUGACUUUCCUAAAACUAUUGCGCAUUGUAAAUGGCCAUAAUACCUUGUUCUUCCAAAGUUCAAAGGUUAUUUCAGGUAAAUAUAGCUUUUAGGCUUGAAAACUUUGUACUAAAAAUCCUGUGGUGCUAAGGUAAAGAAGGAAAGUAGGUAUAUAAAGAUGUCUAUUUUUAAGAAUGUAAAUGGGUAAAGUUUUAAAAUUCUGUAUAACUGCUGUUGUAUCACUCACUAUAUUGCACAAUUUUAAUUCAAUUGACUUUAUUUGCAGCAGGUGGGGGGAAUUAGUAUAUGUAUGUAGCGGGGAAAACUCCCAAAUUUACUUUUGUGGUGUUUUAGCCAAUUAAAGUUGCCAUAAAACUCGAGGCUUGUAUUCAGAGAUUGGGGCACAACAAGCACUUGGGCUGGAAUUGUGCUAAAAACUCUUGCACUUUAAUGUUUCUUGUAACAUUAUGAAAACGAGCACAUGAUAAUGACUCAUGCAAUGUGGCAUUCUCAUGGAAUGGCAUUUAUGCCACACAGUGUUGAUUUUACAGUCACUGGUCAACAUUUAUGCAACUGCUUUAACUCAAGUAAAUUUGUCUUUAUACAGGCUGUUGCCCCACAGGAACUCUUGCACAAAAAUACAGACUAUUUUUAUUGUAUUCAAGUUCAAAUAAAUUUGUAAAAUAUUAAUUGUCUUUCCGUAUUUCUUUAUAUUUUGUGAUUUUAAAAAGGUGGCAGUAACCUUUCUUAGCAUGCUAUUAAAGACAAUAUUACCUUC